GACAUGGUAACGGAUCCAUGACUGUGCUUCUGUUAUUAUCAACGCCAGUAACGGUUAAACCUAUUGCAUGUGUCGAAAUGAAGGACGAGAAGAGUAACUCUAUAUUGCCCACUGAAGCGACUCGAUUGAGACCAAGAUUGGAAAGUUUCGAUGAUGUUCUGCCGUAUGUCGGUGACUACGGGAGAUAUCAAUGGCUGUUGUUAUUGUCGUUACUACCUUAUGGCGCGACGUACGCGUUUCUUUAUUUCUCGCAAUUUUUCAUUACGAUUAUUCCCACGGAACACUGGUGCAGGAUAGACGAAUUAGUAAACUCGAAUUUCACCGAAGAAGAGAGGAUUAAGAUAGCGAUUCCAGUGACGAACGUUUAUCCUUAUUACGAACAAUGUCAACGGAAGGACGUAAACUUCACAGAGCUGUUGAAGAGCGAUAAGAGCCUGAGCUCAUCGGGCUUCCAAACAAACAAAACGAUAAAAUGUACUCAAUGGGAGUAUAAUUUUACGCAGAUUCCAUAUCCUAGUAUAGGAACUGAGCUAGAUUGGGUAUGCGACCGAGAAUACCUCGUAUCAACGGCGCAGGCCAUCUUCUUCUGCGGAUCCAUCAUCGGUGGUUUCCUAGUCGGUUGGAUCGCCGAUCACAAGGGUCGUAUCCCAGCUUUAAUGUUCUGCAAUGGUAUCGCCCUUUUUGCCUCCAUUUUCACUGCCAGCGCAAAUAGUUUUUGGUCAUUCGCCGUCUGUAGGUUUCUCACUGGACUGGCGUUCGAUAACUGUAUCAACAUUCCUCUGAUUAUCGGUAAGCCUUCUACGAAAGCUUUUGCAACCACCAGAGAUGAAUAUAUUGAUUUUGUUAUUGUUAAAGAUCGUUUCAUCGAUUUUCAUGUCGUCGAGGAUAGUUAUAUCUUGAUAUUCUUAAAUCGAGUUAUACAAGGUGGUUGUUUGAACUGUGUAAGGGCUAAAGGCACGACUCGUAUUAUAUCUUUCGUUAAUUAUUCUCGAAAUAAAUUCUUGCAGAGUAACAUGGAGGCACCGGACAAAAUUCAAGAAUCAGCGACGCUGCUCGAUCUGUUCAAAACGCCACGGUUGGCGAGAAACACUAUUCUUCUAGUUGCAUUCUGGUGUUUCACCCUGAUCUCGUUCGACGGUCACGUGUAUUCAUUAAAACUUAUCCAGAGCUCGGUGUUCGUGUCGUUCUCGAUCGCCUGUGCCACAGAACUUCCAGCUGGGUUAUUACUCGCCCUGUUGCUCGACCGAUGGGGUCGUAGACUCUGCGGAUUUCUCACGAUGGCAAUGACCUGUGUACUCAGUAUCGCUGAACUUAUGCUGCAUUCCAUGCUCGCGAAAUUAGUAAUGUCAAUAUUGUCGCGAUUCUGUCUGAACAUGGCAGCCAAUGUUGGUCUUCAGUAUGCAGCAGAACUUCUGCCCACGCCAGUCAGAUCGCAGGGCGUAUCGUUCAUUCAUAUUUUCGGAAUAGUUGCACACUCUUUGGCGCCAUAUAUCACUGACUCGGUAAAUAAAUAUUUAUACUACUAUUGUUGUUACAACAUUUUUGAAACACCGCUAAGCACAUCCACGUUCAACUUCUCUUUAAUUUAUUCCAAAAGAUACAAUAAGCGCUAUUAGAAAUUAUGAAAAAGUUCUCAUGUAAAUUUUCUCAUGAAAAUGU